GUCAUAAAGGCAUAACGUCGUUUUAGUACAGCGCUUCACGAAAGAUGUAAUAUUUUGUGUUUCAUCCGAUUUUUUUCUAAAAUAAUGGAAACGGAAGUUACUAAAGAACAACUGGACUUUAAAGCCGCUGUCAGUUUUUGGGACAAGCAAGAUCCAACUGAUUCACCUAAUACUUCACAAACCACAAAGGCGCCACGUCUUGCCAGACCAAGGGAUGCACGAUCACCGUCCCCACCUCCAGUUGCACCCAAACCAAAAAGAAACGCAAGUCCUUUGAGAAACGCAAGAUGGCAACUCCCAACGCCUCCUGUUCCGCCGAAGCCAAAGGCGAAGCAAGGGAACGCAUCAUCAGCACAUCCGGUAUUUAAAGCAAAAGAAUCUAUUCUUGAUAAACCAUGGGUAGAUGGAACGGACGAGUCUCUUAGUACCGCAGAUGGGACAUCUGGGAAUCUGCCAGGCACACACGGAACUGUUGGGAAGGAACUCAAAGGCACCAAUGCAACCAUCAACAAUCCACCAGACAAUCCAUCCAAAACAGAUGAAUCUUCCAACAAACCAUUAAAAACGAAUGAAAUUUCCAUAGGUCUGGCAAAUAAAGAUGCAACUCUCAAGGAUUCACCAAGAACGGGUGGAAUACUCAAGGAUUCGCCGAGAACAAGUGACGCCUCGAAGGAUCAGUCGGGCUCAAACGGAUCUUCCAAGGAUCGAGAUAGAGCUCUUAGUGGUCCAUCGGAAAAUCAGGCUGCAGAGAGUCCACAAGUAGAAAUAAAAUGUUUGGAUGAAUUGGAAAUGAAAUUGAAGGAAAUAAUUUUUCCAACAAAAACUGAAACUGAGAAGGUGAUCGAAAACGUAAAAGAGAGUAGAGAAGUACCAACCAGUCCUGAAGGCAAAGUUACCCCAGAAGAUGGUCCCGUAUCAGUUGGACAAGUCACCAGUGAAGCAUCCGUGGAAGCAAAAGCAGAUGUUGAAGCAUCAGUAUCAGUUGGUUCGGGAACUCUGGAUCUUUCAAUAGAUGAACCCUAUCCUUAUAUGGAUUCAAGUCCGAAUAUCAGGGAUUACGAAGAAAAACUCAAAGAAUCUUUCAGAAAAGCAAGAUUGAAGAAGUCUUCGCCGAAGCUGAAACGAAAGGAUAGAUAUGGAACGGGUAUCACUAAGAAGCCCCAUCCAGUUCAUCAAGCUCCAAAUGAACGUUGUGCUUUGCUUGAAGCCAAGAAGUUAUGGGAAAGUUGCCUUAAGGAUGAGGCACAAGCAGCACCACGUGAAUAUGGUACGAAGUAUCUUGAAAGGGAUUCUGCAAGGCGGCUGCUCAGCCAAAAUAAACCGGAAGCUGCCGAAAGAUUUAAUUGCGAAAAUUUAACAGAGCGAGCUACGGGAUCCGUCGGGCAAAACAAACCGGAAGUUACCGAAAGGUUUAAGCUGGAAAAUAUGACAGAGCGAGAUGCUGGUUCCAUCAGCCAAAACAAACCGGAAGUUAUCGAAAGGUUUAAGUGGGAAAAUCUAACAGAGCGAGAUGCUGGAUCCAUCAGGAAAAACAAACCGGGAGUUGUCCAAAGGCAGGAAAAUUUGACAGAGCGAGCUACAGGAUCCGUCGGGCAAAACAAGCCGGAAGUUGGCGAAAGGUUUAAGUGGGAAAAUCUAACAGAGCGAGAUGCUGGAUCCAUCAGGAAAAACAAACCGGAAGUUGUCCAAAGGCAGGAAAAUUUGACAGAGCGAGCUACGGGAUCCGUCGGGCAAAACAAGCCGGAAGUUGGCGAAAGGUUUAGGCCGGAAAAUAUAACAGAGCGAUAUGCUGGGUCAAUCAGCCAAAACAAACCGGAAGUUAUCGAAAGGUUUAAGUGGGAAAAUCUAACAGAGCGAUAUGCUGGGUCCAUCGGGCAAAACAAAGCGGAAGUUGCCGGAAGGCAGGAAAAUUUGACAGAGCAACCUACAGGAUCCGUCGGGCGGAACAAACCGGAAGUUGCCGAAAGGCAGGAAAAUUUGACCGAGCGAGCUACAGGAUCCGUCGGGCAAAUCAAACCGGAAGUUGCCGAAAGGCAGAAAAGUUGGACUGAACCAGUUGCUGAACCCAUCAACCAAAACAAACCGAAAGUUGCCGAAAGCCAGGAAAAUUGGACUGAGCAAGAUGCUGGAUCUAUUUCUACCAGAAUUUCAUUUUAUGAUUCAAAGACUAGUAAUACCGGUCUGUCAAACCAUGGAACGAAUUCAAGAGAUCGAUUGGGAACCAUAGCAACCAGUGAACCCAAAGAAAACCGACCAGAAUACGGUUCAACUAGCUUUGGUCAAAGUUUUGGCUUUAAGAGGGGCAAGGGUGGAGCAAAUGCAAAACUUGAUGAAUCGAGGCCAUAUUCCAUGUUUUCUAGCUCAAUCUGCAAAGAAGAUUCAAGAAAAUCCGAAACCUCUUUGAAAUUGGCACCUGGACUUGAGAAUCGUUGUUUUGUGACACCGGAGAAACGAAAUUCCACUUUCCAAUCAAUACCAGUCCGGUUCUCUCCAACAACUCGUCCACAACCAAAUCGAUGGAACUUCGUGGAUGCAUUAUCUGUUCCUGAUGGUGAUAAUGCAACAACAUCUUCUAGUGCAGAUUCAAAUGAUUUCCCAUCAACUAGUACAUUCAAUCAGCCUCCAAUCCCUGGCAAAACGGAAGAUCAAAGGUCUUUUGGAAUUGACGAUGAAGAUCCAAGCUCUAUCUCUGACGAUAGCUCUACAGAAGACGCCGAAGAUGAAGCUGGGGCUUUAGAAGAAGCAACAGGUAGAAAGGGGGCAAAGGGUACGAUUUCUCCUGCCAGAUGGAUUCAGAUGGUUUCUCGAAGAAGUAGACGUAAAAGCCAGUUGUCUAAGUCUCACAGAAAAUCCUCUCAACCGAAGAACGGCGGUCAUCGUCAGUUGAAAAAAUCGAGAUCUUUGGAAAACUUGCAUAAGCUUUACCAUCAUCUUGUCUCUGCUGCUCGGAAUCGGUUUGUUCAAGGUGAUGACCUAGAAGGCGUGGAAGCUCUCCACCACUCAGCUGGUGAUAAUGUACUAGAUCGACCGGAAGCAAAUGAAUCCGAACCGGAAAUGCAUGAACCACGACCCGUAAACAACCGAAGAUCUAUUGCCCGGCUGUUUCUGAUGCGACGAAACCUGGUUUUGGAACUCUUUGUCGUGUUCUUCUGCGUUCUGGGAACGUAUUCAGCUGUAAUGGCUUACCUGAUGGGUGUUGAUCCGAGAAAUGAUUUCACUUAUGAGAAUGUUGAUGAUGAUUAUUGGAGAUAGGCAGGAGAGGUUAAAGUACGACAGAGGGUGAAGGGUGAGGGAGGGGGGGGGGGGGGGUGUUGGCGGAACAAAUUUAAAAGAAGAUUGUCUGUAAAGAUGUCUAUGUACAUUGUCCAUUAAAUUUAUACGAAAACAUCACU